UAGGGUACAUCAUUUCUGGAGUGAAACACGGGGUUGGGGUCGCUCUGUGGAGCUCUGGCCGGGAAGGCCCGAGGCCGCUGCACUCGCACAUCUCCUCAAGGUACGCUGGUUUCUUACUAGUGAAAUUUAGACAUGAUAGCCGGGACAACGAUGACAACACUCGUCUUAAGAUUCGAGAGAGAACGGUAUGUGCUCUAGGGAAUAAACGAGUGGAGUGAAAAUUGCGUGCCAAGACAAGGAUGAAACAACGCUCGCUUUGGCAAGGGUCUUAAGAUUCAGUGUGAUUCAGAACUAAACGAGAUUUUCGCACUGCUCACAACAGAGCAACUCUCACAACUCAAACAACGCUGUCAGGCCCGAGCCGCUGCACUGCUCGCUCACACAUCUCUUCACCCUUGCAAGUUCAAAAUUGGGGGAGCCAAUAUAACGAUGAAACAACGCUCGGUUUCCAGACCUUAAGAUUGAAGUCAGUUUGAUUAAGAACAGUCUUAAAAGGAGAAUUUCGCACCGUGCUCAACGUAGACAAGAAUGAUACGAGUUGUGAUUGCUGAACAGGCGCAAUGGUCACUGGACAACGCAAAACAAAUAAAGUGUAGUUCAACUUUCUACAAGGUACUGUUCACAACGAUAACAAGGAUGCAAGCGUCAUGAAAACAACGGUCCAAGACGAUAGGAAGACGAGGAUGAGUACAGGACAGAAAUGUUUGUCGACCAACGAUCCAAGACACUAAAACUCGACGAUCACUGGACAACGCUGUUAUCAUGAAAACAACGGUCCAAGACACAAACUAGACAUGAAGGUGAGAACGAGAAGCUCCAUCUUACCAGGUUCGAGUUCUCUUCGGUUUUCCCUAACUUGUUUUCCUUGUGUCGCAACCCCAUCAACGAGCAACGUUUGUGCUGUUCGCAAGAUCGAGGACGAGAAGCUUUUACCAGAAAUCCAAGUAGAAGUAGCACGUCCCAGAAGCGCCACCCCAUCCUCCGCCACCGCCGCCACCAUCGCCGCCACCGUCGUCCUCACCGCCACCGCCAUCGUCAAGCUUGGGGACGAAAGCUUUCUUCGAUUGCAUUGGAGCCGUCUUGGAGACGACCAGCCGAUUGGUUUUGGAUUGUUUGCUGCUGGGCUUCACACGUUGGCCUCAUCGCGCUGCAAGUGGUUGUCACUGCUAGAGCCGAGACAUCUGACCAACAUGAAUUAUCCGAAGUAGUAAUCGCCGCUCCGACGUCGGGAGCUCGGAUUUGCUGCGCGAGAAAUGGGGAUGCGAGCACGGCCGACAUAGCUGCUGGCCCGCCCAAUCGAGAAACGAGUGCCACAAAUGUAGUGGAGCCGCUGGAAGAAAUCAUCGCCUCGCCGCGCGCCAAAGCGAUUCCUUCCUCUCCUCUGCCUUCUUCGCUCACCAGGUUUUGCAUAGCGGAGAAUGCUCUCAGUGUUGUGGCGACCAAGAUGGAUUUCGGAGGAUAGAAGAGAAAGCUCUGUAAUGAUUUUUUCUACACACUGGUUUAUCGCAAAGAUCUAGAAGGUAGAGCUAAAGUUGGCCCAAAGUUGUAGGAGUUUAUGCCCACUGGCUCAAAAUUAUGCUCUUGUACGGAAUAGCAUACAUGAGGGGGAGAGCGUCAGCGCGAAGGCGCCCAUGUCCCUAGAGCGCGGCGAGCCCCAAGCUGCGCUAAGAAAUUCCCGAGGUUUGUAAAUCGUCGUCUCGCAGGCUCGAGACUUUUGGACCUAAUGUGGGGAGCAUUCGAGCGCUGUGUGCAUUGCCACAUUCGGCUAUCAGGCAAGAGAACCGAAGAAUACUUUCAGUAGAAGGAUAAUAGUUUGGGCCUAGUCUGGAAUUCCUGGCGCUUGUAGGGAUUUUCUAUUCAGGAAAAUUAAUUCCAGUAGGAGGAUAAUACUCCCGAAAGAACUCCUCGCUCACCAGGUGGAAUCAGGUGCUAGAAGAUUAUGAUAUUCUGGACCAUAUAAGUGCUCAAGGCCUAGGCAGAAGGGAGAAGAGUUCUACAUGCUGCCACAAAGGAUAAGAGGGUGUAAGAACGAGCUGCAUAGGUGACAGAAGAAUGGGAAGCGUGGAACAGCCAUUGGAGUUAGCUCCCAGACCAAUCCAGCACGUCUACUCUAAGAGGCAGAAGAAAAAGCCCACGGACGACACCGAUCCAGCAAAGAAGAAGGAGCCCGAUAACUCGCUCGCAAGCCAGGAAAAUGGAGCUCCGGUGAAGCCGGAUGUAAGCAGCGGCGGUGGAACGAGUGACAAAGCUGGAGAAAAGUCACAGGAAGAAAAGGAGAGAAUCCGCGAGCCGAUGGAUCAGGAGAAGCUCCAAAAUCAGCACAAGAGCGAUGGAGAGAGCGAGGAGCACAGGAACUCGAAGAUGAGCCGGCUUCUAGAAGUGGCUACGAGCGAGUUCCACAGCGAGGAGCUGCUCAGGGAGGGUGGCGAAGCUACCGCCAACGGCGGGCUCAAGGGAUACCAGCGGCGGCGCAAGCGUCAGAUCGUCCAAGAUGGUGUCACUCCGGCGGAGAGCUCGCCGAGGAAAACGCUCGACCGGAAAAGAUCGCGGGAUAACUCGGACCUGGUGUCGAGCGAUCGUGUCUCGAAUGGAGCAGCUAGAGAUGGGGAUAGCGAUGGAGUCAAAGAGAUCGAAGCCGAGGGUGGCGAAGAAGAAGACGAGUAUAAUGGCGAAGAGGAAGAAGAGGAGGACGAUGACGAGGAAGGGGAUGAGGAGGAAGAAGAGAAGCGAGCUCCGAAACGCCGAGGACGAGCUCGAAAGGCGCCGUCUCCAAAGAGGGAGACGAUCAAACCACCAAAGCGGCGUCCUGGAAGGCCGAGGAAGGUGAGGCCGCCGCCAUCGCCAGACAACACCACCGCCACCACCACCACCAGGAACCAGAAGAUCAAUGCGAGCAGCAAAGAGGCUCUCCCGCAGAGCUCCGAGGAUGGCCAGGACGAGAACUUGAGCGAUGGCGAGCGCCUCAAGCGCGCUCGCGGCUUCAAGCGCGUCUACCGCUGGCUCCACGAUCUGGAGCUCCUCAAGUACGCCGAGUGCUUCGAGAAGCACGAGGUGGAGGACGAUGUUCUUCCGCUGCUAACCUUCGAUGAUCUUCGCGAGAUGGGGGUGAGCGCCGUGGGCGCGCGCAGGAAGAUGUUUACGUCGAUCCAGGACAUGGAGCUUCCCCGGAGGAAGUCGCGCUAGAGGAAGACGAAGAAGAUUACCAUAACCAGCUCUUUAACUAAACUAAAAGAACUUGACGUUGCCGGGGAUCGAACCCGUGACUUCUUC